AUGGAUGUCGUGGGCUGCGUGGAGCACUACAAGAGGCGGCACGGCAGGGACGACUGGACAGACGUCCCCGCGAUCGCCGCCAAAGAGGUGAAGGAGGUCUUUUAUGAGAAGCUGACCGCUGACGGCAUAUCCGCGUUCGAUGGGGCCGCUGACAUCAUCAAGGAGGCGCAGGCCCUGGGGUGGGGCGUGGCCGUCGCCUCGUCAGGCGCCCCCUCCAAGAUAGCGCGCAACCUCGGCAGCUCCGGCCUGGCGCCGCUGCUGGACCCAGAGCACAUCGUGUCGGCGGCCUAUGUGCGGCGCGGCAAGCCGGCGCCUGACGUGUACCUAGAGGCCCUCCGCCGCCUGGGCGCCGCCUCGCCACGCUCCGCCGCCCGCGCCCUCGUCAUAGAGGACGCCGCCCACGGCCUCGCCGCAGCCAGGGCCGCCGGCGCGUACGCUGUGGCCGUGACAACGAGCCUGCCGGCCGAGGCGCUGGCGCCGCACGCGGACGAGGUGGUGGGGGGCCUGCGGGACCUGGUGGGGCGGCUGGCGGCGCUGCGGCCUGGGGGAACGGCGGCGGACAGGCCGCGCGCCGCGGCGGGGGUGGAGGCGGCGAAGGGGGUCGCGGCGGGGGCGGAGGCAGAGGCGGCGGGCGCCGUGUCGUGA